UCCUCCAUCUUCUUCCAAAUCCUCUCUCUCUCUCUCUAUGUAUAUAUAUCUAUAUAUGUAUACAUAUAUAUAGAAUUCACACGCUUAUAUAUAUGAACUCCACAUUCUUCGAUUUCUACUUCUUCUUCCGUGAUUCAUCUAAGCCCAAGUUUUUCCCCAAAUUUGCGUUUAUUUGAUUCAAGUCUUACUUUUUGGAGCUGCGAUCUUGUACAAACGUGUCAUUAUUACAUGAUCUUCGGAUCUCCAACCUCAUUAUACAUAUUUUGGAUUGAAUCGAGUGGCCACUGGUGAAUUCUCUGUGAUUCGAUGGCGGCGACGACAAUGGCGACGGCGGCAGGUGCGGUGGUGCUUUUGUACUACGUAUUGAGUAGGAGACUAUCAUCAUCGGCGGUGAAAGGCGAAGAUGAGGAGGGGAAUGGUGAGUACUCGAAAUCAUCGAGUAGAUCUGUGGGGGUGAAGAGGAGGAUUGCGAGAAGGCCAGCUCAAGCCCCUGCGACGUGGUUUGAAACCAUCACAACCUUGUCUGAGACGCUUAGGUUUACGUAUUCAGAGACACUAGGGAAAUGGCCUAUUGGGGAUUUGGCUUUUGGAAUUAACUAUCUCAUCCGAAGGCAGGGUAAUUUACAAGUUGCGAGUGUCUAUGCUGGAGAUAACUGUGUACAACUCAAGGGCCCUUAUAUUAUUGCGGACUUGAAUCAUUAUUUAAGGUUGUUGAUCCUUUGUAUGCUUUUCUCAAAGAAGCCAUUUCGAAUAUUCUUGGAGUCUGCUGGCUACUCUCAGGAAGAUGUCCUUCUUCAGAAGCCCAAAGCAGGGCUUCUGAAGCCUGCGUUUACUAUUUUAUGUGAUAGAAAUUCAAAAUGCUUGUUUCUGCUCAUUCGAGGAACUCAUGGUAUCAAAGAUACUCUAACUGCAGCAACAGGUGCAGUCGUCCCUUUUCACCAUUCGGUUUUACAUGAUGGGGGGAUAAGCAACCUAGUUUUGGGAUAUGCACACUGUGGGAUGGUUGCUGCUGCUCGUUGGAUUGCAAAGCUUAGUACUCCUUGUCUGCUUAAGGCUCUUGAUGAAAAUCCUGACUACAAAGUGAAGAUUGUUGGCCACUCACUUGGUGGUGGUACCGCUGCACUAUUAACAUAUAUUCUUCGAGAACAGAAAGAGUUGUCCUCAAGCACUUGUGUUACAUUUGCACCAGCUGCCUGUAUGACGUUAGAAUUGGCGGAAUCAGGAAAGCACUUUAUCACUACAAUAAUCAAUGGUUCUGAUUUGGUGCCUACAUUUUCAACUGCUUCUGUGGAUGAUCUUCGUUUAGAGGUCACAGCAUCAUCCUGGUUGAAUGAUCUGCGAGAUCAAGUGGAGGGCACAAGGGUUUUGAAUGUCAUUUAUCGAUCUGCAAGUGCUUUGGGGUCUCGUCUACCAUCCAUAGCUCGUGCCAAAGAAAAGGUUGCUGGUGCAGGUGCACUUCUGCGGCCGGUCUCAAGCAGUACUCAGGUUGUAAUGAAGCGUGCUCAAAAUGUAGCUCAAGCUGUUGCUAGGACCCGCUCUUCUCUAUCGUCUUGGUCAUGUAUGGGUCCACGCCGCCGUAGUGUGGGUCCUUCAUUAAAUUCUAAAGUAGAUGACUACCCGGAGGCUUCUCUUAUUGUCGAAGGAAUUUCCGAAUCUCUUGUGAGUGAAGUGGUAAGCAGAGACCCUGAGGCAACCAAGGUAGAAUAUUGCUCUUCAAGUGGUGGAUCUGGGCAUGAUGAAUCUGAUGAAGAGGAAGAUCUCAUUUGUGUUGAUAGAGUCCGUCCUACAUCCAACAUUGAGGACAUUACUGAAGGUGAGUUGUGGUAUGAACUGCAGAAGGAGCUGCAGAGACACGAGGAUGACGCUGACGUGCACUCCCAGGAAGAAGAAGCAGCUGCAGCCGAAGAAAUUGCAGAAGAGGAGAAGUUGCUGGCUGAUGCAGUGGAAAGCAAAACACCUAUCUCUUCAUCUGAAGUUUCAGAUACUCACCACUUCUACCCCCCUGGUAGAAUAAUGCAUAUGGUUUCCCUACCAUCAUCUGAUUCAACUGAACCAGGUCACGGUGUCACCACUGAACAUAUUGGUAUCUUUGAGACACCUAGAGAACUGUACAGUAAGCUCCGCCUAUCAAAAACAAUGAUUAAUGAUCACUACAUGCCCAUGUAUAAAAAGAUGAUGGAACUAUUGAUCAGGGACCUCAAAAACGAUGAAGAUAGUAACUGUAUAUUGUGAAAACAAAAUAACAGGGUAGCAGUAUAAAGUGUAUAUUACCUUAGGCUUGUUGGGGGCAAUACAACUAUAUAUUUUUGUUGUCAUAGAUGAAUCUGGGGUUGAGUGGUCGCUCUGUGUUUGUAUUUGGUUUUGAAAAAUAGUAGGUUGAUUUAUAGUCGGUAUGCC